GCCUCUUUCAACCGUCUCUUUGCUGCGAGAAAUUCUUUUCUUUCUGACUUUUAAUAUUCUGAAAAUUUUUCCGUAUUGAGACAAAAGUAUUUACCUACAAUAACAACGAUACAAUUUCUUUUGAAAGCUAUUAUUAAAAAAACAAACUUGAUAUAUGCAAUGAUAAUCGAACAAUAGAGAGUUGCUAUAGACUAGAAUAAUGCAUAUACUUCCAGUAUCAUUUGCUCUGUUAUCUUAUACCGGUUAUUGGCGACCAGUGCAUUUUCCUGUCAAUUCAUUGAAAUAUUGGAUGUACAAUACUUAUUCGGUUUUUAUGUUUAUUUUACUGCAGUCGUUCGUGUUUUGUGGUAUAGUUGACACUUUUGUUUUAUCGGCGAGCCUGGAGGAAUUUAUAGAUAAAUGUUAUAUAUUUCUAACUAUUUUUGGCAUUUUCUGCAAAGUUAUGCAUCUCUUCAUACGUCGGAAGAAGAUCAUUGAUUUGGACAAGAUGUUAUUGAAGGAUAAUUGUAUUCCUCGAGAUAUAGAAGAGACACUGAUAAAAAAGAAAUUUGAUCGGCACGUAAGACAGCUUACAAUCGGCUGCGAGAUCCUUAAUGAGUUCACUGCAAUAUUCGCGACUUUCGCGCAAUUUUACACAUUUUUGAAGAUGCGCAACUUGCCUGUGUUCAACUGGGCGCCUUUCGAUCUUUCAUCAAUAUAUGUUUUCUUACCUACGUUGAUAUUCCAAUGUGUGGCUUUGAUGUUAUGCGCAAAUUCCAGUGUCGCACACGAGACUCUAAUUGCCGGUAUGAUGAUCCAGGCCUGCGCUCAAUUCGAAAUUUUGUGCCAUCGCGCUCAUAUAUUGCCAGCAUUGUUGAUGAAUGCUGAGAAGAAAAGUAAAUCAGACGAAGAUCUGGCAGCACGCGAGAAGACACUCAUUCGCGAUCUAAUAUAUCAUCAUUUGUACAUUUAUAAAUUUGCGCAUACAGUUAAUGCAGCUUUUACCAUGAUGAUAUUCGUCCAAUUUUCCCUCAUCUCUUUAGUUCUCUGCAUGAGCGUCUACAAACUAUCUACAAUAACAUCAUUAUUUACCCUUGACUUUGCACACACAUUUUCUUAUCUCUGCUCCAUGCUCAUGCAAAUAUUUCUUUAUUGCUGGUAUGGCAACGAGGUGACAUUAAAGAGUAUCGACGUCAGCACUGCUAUUUAUGAGAUGGAUUGGACGACAUUAAGAGUUCGAGUAAUGAAAGAUCUUAUGGUAAUAAUGAUGCGUGCCGGCACACCUGUUAAAAUGUCAAGUGGCUACAUAGUUAUAUUAAGCACCGAAUCCUUUAUGAGCAUUCUCAAAAUAUCUUAUUCGACGUAUCAUUUCUUAAAAGACUCUUGAAAUGAAACGAAAGUAUCAGACUGAAUGCACAGAGUUUCAUUGUCAGUUAUAUUAUGAUUUCUUCACGUAUAUCAUCUAUAUUUAGGUAAUGUUCAUGUAUUCUGACAUAGAAAGUAGAGGAAUAAAUCAUUAGU